AUGCUGACGGACAAGUUUCUCCGGCUGCAGUCAAUUUUCUUUCGCCUGCUGGGACUGGAAUUGUUGCAGGACCAGGACGUGAGUCAUCGAUAUCCCCGGCGAACCAUCUGCUGCAUCCUCUCGGUGGCCACCUUCCUGCCCCUGACCAUCGCCUUUGGCAUGCGGAACAUCCAAAACGUGGAGCAGCUGACCGACUCGCUCUGCUCAGUCCUUGUCGACUUGCUGGCCCUCAGCAAGAUCGGGUUUUUCCUUUGGCUGUACAAGGACUUUAGGUCCCUAAUACAGCGGUUCCACAUUGUCCUGCAGAGGGAAAAUCAGUACAGUGUGGGCGAAGUCAUCGUAUCGAAACAAAACCGACGGGAUCAGUUUAUCAGCGCCCUGUACAGCAACUGUUUUGUGGCGGCUGGUCUUUCCGCCUGUCUGAUGUCUCCUCUGUCCAUGUUGGCCAGCUACCAUCGAAAUGGUCAACUGCAGCCGGAUUUGCCCUUUCCCAGCGUAUAUCCCUGGGACAACUCUCAUUUCCUCACCUACUUGGUAUCCUAUUUGUGGAAUGUGUGUGCUGCUUUGGGCGUGACUCUGCCCACCGUUUGCGUGGAUACUCUAUUCUGCUCGCUGACCCACAAUCUCAGCGCUCUCUUCCAGAUUGCCCGCCACAAAAUGUUGCACUUCAAAGGCAGAAGUCCUGGAGAGACCCAUGAAAACCUGACGCAUGUCUUUCAAUUAUAUGAUGACUGUUUGGACCUGGGUCAAUCGUUAAAUGGCUACUUUAGGCCGUUGAUUUUCGCCCAGUUUGUGGCGGCCUCCUUGCACCUUUGUGUAUUGUGCUAUCAGCUAUCGGCCAAUCUAUUGCAGCCUGCACUGCUUUUCUACGCCGCUUUCACAGCAGCCAUUCUCGGUCAGGUUUCCAUCUACUGUUUCUGCGGAUCGAGCGUGAACACUGAGAGUCAGCGAUUUGGUCAGGCCAUCUACGAAAGCGACUGGAUUAAUCUUCUGCAGGAGGACGCCCAGCUUGUGAGGUCCUUAAAGAUCGCCAUGAUGCGGGCGAGCAGAGGAUGCCCCAUUGAUGGUUACUUCUUCGAGGCCAAUCGGCAGACACUUGUCAUGAUUGUGCGCAGUGCCAUUUCGUAUGUAACGCUGCUCAGAUCGCUGGCCUAG